AUGGAUUUUAUUGAUUUAGUGAUUGACGCCAGUGGAUUUAUUCCUUCUGGAAUGCUUCAGUCAAAUUUGUAUGACAUUGGAAAUUACGAUGAAUGCUUUAAUAUACUUGAUGAAGUCGACAAUCAAAAAUUAUAUGGAAAAUAUUGUUUAGGUACAAUAACUCUAAAAUACAAUAACACACAAAUACCAGUACGAUCUGGUCGUUGUUUACCUAAUUUUUGCACCAGAGAAGAUUUUUCCAAAGUAUUUUCUGAAGUAAUUUUUACUGAUGAAUUUUGCUACACCAAAGCAGAACCCAAGCAUUUUGAUGAUAUUGACAUGUUAGCAUUAGAAAUUUUUGGAUUUUUUGCUGUCCUAGUAAUACUUAGUACUGUAUAUGAUUUAAUUUUAUAUUAUCUAGAAAAAAAACCAUACCACUAUGCAUUAUUGGCAUUUUCUCUUUUGUCAAAUGGGCGAAAAAUAUUAAAAACCAGCUCAAACACUGGACAACUAUCGUGCAUCAACGGAAUAAAAUCAAUUAGUUGUUUAUGGGUUAUUUUUGGUCACGUACAUAGCAACAUAUUGGGAACUGGACUUAUAAAUCCAUUUGAUACCAACAAUUUUAUUCAUGAAACAAAAAAUAUUUAUAUCCUGGCAGCCCCUAUAUCUGUGGACACGUUUUUAGCUCUUGGAGGACUUCUAAGUGUUUAUACUUUUAUGAAAACUAAAGUUAAUGUGCCUAUAAUGUAUUUACUUAGAAUUUUAAGAUUAACACCUGCCUAUGCAAUAAUUAUCCUCGUGCAAUCAUCGUUGAUUCGUUAUUUGGGCAGUGGACCUUUUUGGGGGGCAAAUGAAUACACGGUUCAACCUUGUAGACAAUAUUGGUGGUCCGCACUUUUGUACAUACAAAAUUAUGUCAAUCCCACUAGCAUGUGUUGUCUUCAUACGUGGUAUUUAUCAUUGGAUAUGCAAUUAUUCCUGGUCUCACCAAUAAUAUCAUUUCCUUUGGUAAAAUGGCCAAAGGCUGGACUUAUCGCCAUUAUGUGCUACAUUUUUCUUGGGUUUGUAAGUCCUUUUUUGGUUACCUAUAUUCUGGAUGUACCAGGAUCAAUGAUUACUUGGUCUUUAGAUACUUAUUAUACUAAAUAUUAUUUCCAACCAUACACCAGAUUUGGGCCAUAUGUUAUUGGUAUGUUAUUUGGUUGGAUUAUUUAUAAACAUAACAAACAUGGAGACUUCAUACAAUUUCCACCAAAAUACAAAAAAAGUAUUAUUUUCACACUUUGGUUAAUAAUUCUCAGUGGGCUUUUGGCAUGCACAUAUGGCGGAUCUGAUAUUAUAACAGAAAAGGAAACAGGAAUAUGGGCAAGAACAUUUUACAAUGGAUUUAAUAGGAAUGCAUGGGCAAUAUUGGUUUGCCUUAUGGUUACACUAUGUGUUACUGGCUAUGGAGGACCUGCAAAUGCCUUCUUGUCCAUGCCAGUCUUCCAGAUUCUAUCAAAGUUAUCAUAUUCUAUUUAUUUAGUGCACUUUUUGGUAGUACUUGUUCGGUAUAUGAGCAAAAAAGUCACCAUGUACUUUUCUGAAACUAAUGUCAUGUAUGAAUUUUGUGGAGAUUUUGUGAUCACUUUGCUUAUAGCAUUUUUUCUUUGUGCUAUUUUUGAAUAUCCUAUUAUAUGUUUGUGUAGUAAUACUAUAAAACACAAAUAUAAAAAAGAAAUCACGGAGAUUAAAUAAGAAAAGAAACUCUGGUCGAGUAUAUAUUAUUUUUAAUAAGGAUUUUUUAGAUUGUUC